AAACUGCUGCCCGUAGCCUACAAAACGGUACAAAACGCAGCCCCGGCACACACAGCAAGACAUAUAACCACCACCAAAGACGCAAGCAACGAGCGCGCCCCAUCCACACGGUAUGGACACCCUCAGCAGUACCGAGGACCAAGCGCCGCCGCGCAAGAAGCGAGAUGAUGACCAUCACCGGACGAACGAGGGCAAGACCAUCAUCCUCUUCGGUCUCCUGCUCACGGACCUCGUCUUCAACUCGACGCUCGAAUACGAUGAGUGGGACUCGUACCCGACGAUGUUCGGCAUCCAGGUGUUCAUCGAGAUUUGUACGUUUGCGGUGGUGUUUCUCAUGUUGUGUGAGACCUAUCCGUUUCGGGUCGGGUUAUUAGAUGCUUUGUUGGCUGAGUUUCGGUCGAUCUUCUGGGUGCACCCGUUAUACGUGUGCUGGUCGCUGCUCGUCGGGAUUUAUCGCAUCUUCUUGGGCCGGCAGGUGUCGAAGUACUCCGGUGCCGGUUUUAGGCGAUUACCGAACAUGUGGGACACGUCGGACCCCGCGGGCGAGACGUAUACCUAUCUGUCGCAUACGCACAAACUGUUGGCGGCGAUCUACUACUUCAUCAACAUCCGGGCCGCUGUCAGACUGGGCGACGGCGUCUACUACGCGCGGGAGCAGUGGGUGAAGUUGUACCACCGGACGGGCGGCUCGCGGCACGAGCUGCGCAAGCUUCUUACAAAACGCCACGACGAGUUCGAGGACGACGUGGGGGUCGAGCGGGAGCGGUGAGUAAGGUCCGUGGGAAAUA